AUGAAUUUGAUUACACAUUACUCGGUAUUUGGUGAAACGCGUUGUUGGCUUUACUCUGUUGAAUGGCAAAAACGAGGUUUACCUCAUGCGCAUAUUUUAAUUUGGUUGGUUAAUAAAAUACGCGCAGAAGAAAUUGACAAAAUUAUUUCAGUCGAAAUUCCAGAUCCGAAUGUUGAUCCAGAAUUGUUUAACAUUGUUACUACAAAUAUGAUCCAUGGUCCAUGUGGUACUCUAAACAUGAUGUCGCCAUGUAUGGAUAAUGGAAAAUGUACAAAACGUUUUCCAAAACCAUGUGAAACUGAUACUAUCACCAAUAUGGACGGUAAUCCAUCGUAUCGACGUAGAGACGUAGACAAUGGUGGUCAAUCAUAUGAAUUGCGUCUGUCAAAUGGUGUGAGAGUAGAUAUUGAUAAUCGCUGGAUAGUUCCAUAUUCGCCAUUGUUUUGCAAAACUUGCAAAGCGCACAUAAACGUUGAACUAUGCAGUUCGGUGAAGUCUAUCAAAUACAUUUGUAAGUAUGUUCACAAGGGUAGUGAUAAAGCAAUAUUUGCUGUUCAAAAUGUUAACGACAAUGACGAAAUAACACGUUAUCAAAUGGGUCGAUACAUAAGUAGCAACGAAGUUAUUUGGCGCAUUUUUACGUUCCCUAUACAUGAAAGGGAUACUGCUGUUAUACAUUUGGCUGUGCAUCUUGAAAACGGACAGCGUGUUUACUUUACAGAAGAAACUACACUACAACAGGCUUUGGCGGCUCCAAAAACUCGUACUCAAUUUUUUAACCUUUGUAGUCGACAAGAUGCUGUUGGUCAAUUCGCAAGGACGUUGAUGUUCACUGAUAUUCCUAAAUUUUUUACAUGGAAUAAACAAUCAAAGAAUUGGGAACCGCGGAAACGAGGCAUUCCAGUAGGUGGAUUCGCUGAUAUAUUUAUGACAAAAACUUUGGGUCGAUUAUAUACAGUUCAUCCUAAGCAACGCGAAUGUUUUUUUUUGCGUUUAUUACUGGUUAACGUCCCUGGACCGACGUCCUUCCAAUAUUUGCGAAAAGUCAAUGGUACUUCAUACGACUCUUUCUUCGAUGCGUGUCGUGAGUUACAUUUAUUGGAAUCUCACACUUGCAGAUGCAGCACUGAGCUCAUCUCCACAACAAAUUCGUCAAUUAUUUUCAAUAAUAUUGACAAAGUGUUUUCCGUCUGA